CCACUAUGAAGCUACUUUAUAUUCUCUCCAUGAUACUUGUAGUUAUUUUUUUGACUUGCUGCGCCAAUGGAUUGGUCCAUUUCAAACAAUUGCAGCCCGUUCAGAACGGCUGUGCGGGCGAAAAGAGCGGAACAAUUGAUGUUGGAGAUUUCGUUCAAGAUCCAAAUACUUGCGGCAUCACCCUUUGCCAUAAUGAUAAUGGGGAUUCAUUGAUAUAUUACUGCCAAAUACCAGCUGGCUUUGAAAACUGCAAUGACAAUGUUGUAGAUACCGAUGUUGAUUUUCCAGAAUGCUGUUGGCAAUGUGUAUCAGGUGUAAACUGUAAGAAAGCUGCAGGAUAAACAGGAAACCCGUUUUCCAACUAUAAACUAUGUACAUAUUUAUACAAAACCUAUUUGCAAAAAUAUGUUAUUUAAAAUUGGAAUUUAA